CGAGUACGCCGCGUCGGCUUGGAGGCGCUCAGUCCUCCUGGAGUGUGUGUGGGAGGAGGAGUAAGAAGUUUCUCCCACCGCCCCCAAAAGGCACGCUCAUUCUCAGAAACGCUGAUACUCGGAAGGAAAAAAGACGAUGCCUGGCGACCCUCGCUCACACUCGCACCGUGGACGCUGGAUUUGCUGAUUGGUGACAUUAUUACAAGUCAAGUUCUUCAACGUGGCCGUGCAGAGAUUUUCGAGUCGGAGGAUGCUCCCACAGGUCAUACGGAUCCUUUACGUCUUGUCGUUUUGCUUUUUCCAGGGAGGCUUUAUCAGAUUGAGCUCCUGCAAGGAGGAGAUAAAGCCCUCUGGCAGGGCACCACAACACUCGCCUUCCGACUUCCUGGACAAGCUCAUGGGACGAACGUCGGGAUACGAUGCCCGCAUCAGACCCAACUUCAAAGGCCCACCCGUGAAUGUCACCUGCAAUAUUUUCAUCAACAGCUUCGGCUCCAUCACGGAAACCACCAUGGACUACAGGCUCAAUGUAUUCCUACGACAAAAAUGGAAUGACCCCCGUCUGGCGUACAGUGAAUACCCGGACGACUCGCUGGAUCUGGAUCCGUCUAUGCUGGACUCCAUCUGGAAGCCUGAUUUGUUUUUUGCCAAUGAGAAGGGCGCCAACUUCCAUGAAGUCACCACUGACAACAAGCUACUGAGGAUUUUCCAAGAUGGCAGCGUCCUGUACAGUAUCAGGCUGACUCUCAUCCUUUCCUGCCCCAUGGACUUGAAGAAUUUCCCCAUGGACAUUCAGACGUGCACCAUGCAGCUUGAGAGCUUCGGCUACACCAUGAAUGACCUGAUCUUUGAAUGGCUUUCUGAGAAUCCCGUCCAAGUAGCCGAUGACCUCACCCUGCCCCAGUUUGUCCUUAAAGACGAGAUGGAUUUGGGCUACUGCACAAAGUAUUACAACACAGGUAAAUUCACCUGCAUAGAAGUUAAGUUCCACCUGGAACGCCAGAUGGGCUACUACUUGAUCCAGAUGUACAUCCCUUCGCUCCUCAUCGUCAUCCUCUCGUGGGUGUCCUUUUGGAUCAACAUGGACGCCGCCCCCGCCAGAGUGGGCCUGGGAAUCACCACUGUGCUCACCAUGACCACACAGAGCUCAGGCUCACGGGCCUCCCUGCCAAAGCAUAUAAAGUACGACUAGUGUACCAGCGACCCAACAGAUGGUGGAGAAAAACAUUGCCUCCGCGCCAUCGGCUGUAAUCAGGGUUAGUGACCACAAACACGAUGGAGACACCUGUUUCGUUAAGUAUGCACUAACUGCAUCCAUUACGUUUAAUCGCUGCUGGAAGUCUGUCCACAUACUUUUAUUUCAACAUCAGGUUUUCAAUUUGAUUGUAAAGCAAAAAGAAACAGCAGGUUUCUCCUCAAAUGUGACAAACAGUUUAUGACUAGAUUUACGACACAAUUUUGAGUAUUUGGCCUCAAGCUGUAUUAUGUGGAGAUGUGCCGUGGAUGGGUUUCCAAAAAAAAAAAACAUUUAAAUAAUGCUAUGAAUAAUAAUGUGGCAUUAAUCAAGAUGAGUAAAGGAGUUUAGAGACUCCCCGGAAUGUAAAGCUGGCAUGGAGUUGUUUGAAAGGCUCUUAUUUUACCAAUGAAAUAUGUCUCUGACAUCAAACAACUAUCAUGCGCUUUUUAUAGUAAGCACUUCUUAUAAGACUCUUUUUUAUUUGGGUUGAAAGUGGCCUUUGAGUAAGCACUCACGCACACACAUAUAUUGUAUGUACAGUAUGUAUGUUUUUAUAAUUUCAGCCAAAUAUUUGAUUUCUUGACAGAAUAUUCAGUAGAAUAUCAGAAUACCAAACUAGCUGCAACCCUACUUGGAAUCACACAACCAGGGACAUGUGAGACAGCUUAAAGAUCAGGUCAAAAAUAACUGAGUGGUACACAUGUAUUAAUGUCUGUAUGGAUGCCAGCCGCUGUUUUUUUUGGGGGGGCUCUGUUUGUAAGUGACAAAUGUCAGUGUCUCACUUGCAUGAACCUUUGAUGCAUAUCACUAAGUCACUCAAACUUUCACACAGUGGCAGGCUCUGUAUUUGGUACUUGGGCCUUUAGGUGCAAUGUACCUGACUCAAUCCACCGCCUAGUAUCACCAGUAUCAAUUUGUAGUUAUGAAAACCAGUUGUCCUAAUAUACAAAAACUCAAUGUAAUGGAAUUCAAAUACAUUUAUCCUUUACUCUCAAACAGUUGAGCGAGUCAAUGAUGGGGUGUCAUUUCCCUUUUUUAUCUUCUUCAGUAUUUGUUUCUGUGACAGUCAGCAAAAUACCACUCCACUGGAUGAACUCGAUUUGCAACAUGUGCUCGGCGGCUGUUGCCUGAUGCGCCAUGACACUUCUUCUCCUGAGCGACUGGACCGGGGGUUCUCCCCGAGCCGUCACCGUGACCUGUCUCCUGGCUAUGUGUCAACUGCCCUAGAAACCCACUGAUUCAUUACCAUUCUGUCGCGUCUGGGCACAGUUGCUCCUUUCUAGCUCGUAUUGACAAACCCCAUGUGACCUUGCGCGUUUGUGU